GGUGAGGGCGGGAUCGAGGGCUAGAGAGGCCGGAAGUGCGGCGAGCCCGGGGCCGCGCUGGCCGCGCCGGCGGUGGGACGCCUCUGUCCCUCUCCGGUCUUUUACUCCCGGCUCGGGGACGAGGAGGCCCCAGAAGAACCUUGGGAUGGACGAAGAGGGAGUGCGGCAGCCCUCCGGGCCACCCACGAGGAAGAAGUUCUUCAUACCACUGGAUGAGGAUGAGGCCCCUACUGCGGGGUUCAAGCCCUUAUUCAAGUCCACGCGGAGCCUUCCCACCAUGGAGACCUCAGCCCAGGCCGCCCCUCAGACCUAUGCCGAGUAUGCCAUCUCGGGACCUCCAGGAGGGGCUGGGGCUCCACACCCCACGGGGCCAGAACCCCUGGCAGGAGAGACCCCCAACCAGGCCCCCAAACCGGGGACAAAAUCCAGCAGCAUCAUUGUGAGCCCCCGGCAGAGGGGCAACCCCGUGCUGAAGUUUGUGCGUAAUGUGCCCUGGGAGUUUGGUGACGUGCUUCCCGACUAUGUGCUGGGCCAGAGCACCUGUGCCCUUUUCCUCAGCCUCCGCUACCACAACCUCCACCCGGACUACAUCCACGGGCGGCUGCAGAGCCUGGGGAAGAGCUUCGCCCUGCGGGUCCUGCUCGUCCAGGUGGACGUGAAAGAUCCACAGCAGGCCCUCAAGGAGCUGGCUAAGAUGUGCAUCCUGGCUGACUGCACCCUGGUCCUUGCCUGGAGCCCUGAGGAGGCCGGGCGGUACCUGGAGACCUACAAGGCCUAUGAGCAGAAGCCGGCGGACCUCCUGAUGGAGAAGCUGGAACAGGACUUUGUCGCCCGGGUGACUGAAUGCCUGACCACCGUGAAGUCUGUCAAUAAAACUGACAGCCAGACCCUCCUAACUACUUUUGGGUCUCUGGAACAGCUCAUAGCUGCGUCCCGAGAAGAUCUGGCUUUGUGCCCGGGCCUGGGGCCCCAAAAGGCCCGGAGGCUGUUUGAUGUCCUACACGAGCCCUUCUUGAAAGUGCCCCGAUGACCCCAGCCGCCAGAGAGGCCCUCGUUGUAACAAUAAAGCAUUUUCCAGGCUC